AUGCCGAGUGCAAGCUCGGCUGAAGAGCAGCUUUUGACUGCUAAUAGGGACACGAAACCCAGAUGGUCCAUUAUUGAGAAAGCUGAAAGGUCACAUCGUCGUGUACCGGGAUUGAGAAAGAUACCAUUGCCUGCUCUUGCUAUUAUUUUUGUUAUUGCAUUGAUCAAUAUACUGGUCUGGGUCGCAGUGGGGAUUGUAUUGCCGCUGACGGAUUCAAUUUACGUGCAUAGAUUCCUAGCAUCAACAGCUGCUCUUGCAUAUUCUCUUGGUUUACGUCAUGCUCUCGACGCAGAUCAUAUAUCAGCUAUUGACUUGAUGACACGGCGUCUCCUCGCAACAGGUCAGAAAGCAGUUACAGUAGGGACAUUCUUCUCACUUGGCCAUUCAACUAUCGUCAUCGUCACUUCAAUCGUGGUGGCAGCCACUGCAGCAGCAGUAUCAGAUAAAUUUGAUAAGUAUGGUUCAAUUGGGGGCAUCAUCGGGAGUUCGGUCAGCUCUGCAUUCUUGAUUCUUUUGGGUGUCAUGAAUGGGUACAUCCUGUAUAAACUCAUCCUACAGAUGAAGAAAGUUCUUCGUGACAAAAACAAAGGAGAAGAAAUGUGGAAAAUCGAAGGUGGUGGUAUUCUCUUCUCAAUUCUCAAGGGGAUGUUCAAAAUAAUUGACCGGCCGUGGAAAAUGUACCCGCUUGGAGUUUUGUUCGGCCUUGGGUUUGACACAUCUUCGGAGAUUGCUCUUCUUGGGAUAUCAUCUGUCCAAGCAUCAAAGGGAACCAGUAUCUGGUUGAUCUUGAUUCUUCCCAUUUUGUUCACAGCGGGCAUGUGCCUGAUGGACACCAUCGACGGUGCUCUUAUGCUUUCUCUCUACGUGCAGCCAGCAGCACAUUUCCUGGACUCAAAAUCACAGCCAUCAGCUGAGAUAUCCGCUGCGCCUAUUCCCCAGGAAACACCUGAGCCACAGUCUACACCAGUCGAUGAACCAGUAUCCCGGAGUCCCCGAGACUCGGUUGCGUUCCUCUAUUACUCCGUAGUUCUCACUUCUCUGACAGUUGUAGUCGCCAUCGUCAUUGGCGUCAUCCAGCUUCUGACUCUCCUCUUAAACGCUUUGAAACCACAUGGAAAAUUCUGGGACGGCGUUCAAAUUGCCGGUGAUUAUUACGAUGUCAUUGGCGGUGCCAUAUGUGGACUGUUCAUCAUUUUUGGAGGCAUAAGCGUCUUAGUUUACCCACAGUGGCGACGGUGGGCUGACAAGAACCAGGACAGCACACCAAGCUGUGGCUAUCAUGUCAGGGCGCAGGCUGACGAAGAGAGCCGCAUUGACGGUCUGGAUGUUGCCGCUACAGAUACACAAUCGAUUUACCAGGCAGGAGAAAACCCAGUAGACAGGCCUAAAACAGGGACUGCGGCUGAUACGAAACUUGUUUGA